AUUCGGCGUAGCCUACAUUUACAUUUUAUAGCGUUCAUGCCCUAAUAAUACUUGUGUACAGCUGGUGGCAGUAAUACGUCUUGUGACAGUGAGUGACGUUCUUGAGGAGAAAGCCUACCAAAGAAGAAGAAAAUGGAACCAGGAAGUGCAAGCUAGCUAACCAUCUGUCUUGUGUAAUAGGUCUAGUUUUCAUGUUACAUUAAGAUAAAUAUGACAUUAUAUUAGGUAGAUUUAUAUUGUAGAAAUAAAUGCCUUUGCUAAUACAAAAUAGAAGAAUCGAACGACCAGGUUCGACAGUCGAUUUGUUCGCCAGAUAUCCGCAUUUGCAGGAAAACGCCCGAGUAUUUCGGUCCAUGCCGGUUGUAGAUGUCGACCCGAAGUGCCUCCUAUACAUACAGCAACGAGAGUUUGCAGCCACAACACCAGCGGACAACUCUGUCGCUGUCCUUGGUUCUGAUGAUGCAACCACCUGCCACCUAGUUCUGGUACGACACACAGGAAGUGGAGCUGCUUGCCUUGCUCACUGUGAUGGCUCCAGCACGUGGAGUGAGGUUCCCCUCAUCGUCAAAGCUGUCACAUCUCUGAGCAAGGACCCUGCCAAGGAGGGCAGGCUGGAGCUCCACCUCGUUGGAGGUUUUGAUGAUGAGUCAAAGACGUCCCACAAACUCAGCCUUAACCUAUUGUCGGCCUUCCAGAGACAGAAAGAGGAUAUUCACCUAGAGACCUGCUGCAUCACAGAGAUGAAUGACGUCUUAGUGGACGGAGCGCACAGACCGGGUGUGCAUGGCAUAGGUAUAAAUAUUAAAACAGGGGAGGUGUUCCCCGCCUCGUUCCCUUACAAAGGACCCGCGGAGGAGCUGCGAUCAGCACGGACAUUCACUGGGGGCCAGAUGGCUGAUAUAUAUGACUCGAACAAAGGAGUUGUGAAGAUAGGCCCAUGUAAGUGGUCCCCGAAUCUGGAUAUUUCCUUCUGGCUGUCGCAAGACGAUGACACCAUCUUAAAGUACCUAUCCACGUCCCCAACGGCUGAGCCACCACACUUUGUCCAGCACAUCAAGUCCACCAUCCAGUUCCUCCUGGAGCACCCCAGUUCAGACAGCGUCUUCCCUGGAGGACAGCCCCAGCACUACCGCAGAACAGAGCAGGGGGACUGGGAGAAUGUUAACCAGACAUAAAGGGCUUGAGACCCUUCUCUAACCCCCUAUUACUUUGACUUUCCCUGGAAUCUGUCCGGAAAUGGAAUCACUCCUUAACUUCUGGAAGACAAGACACUGUGACCCUCCUCUUUACGCCAUUGUGGGCAUCACAUGUUAUUGUUUUUUUGACUUGGUACCAGUACUCCCUGUAUAUAGCCUCUUUAUUUUAAUUUUAUUGUUGCUCUUUUAUUUUUUACUUUUGUUUGUUUAGUAAUUAUUUUUCUUAACUGCAUUGUUGGUUAAUGGCUUGUAAGUAAGCAUUUUACAGUAAGGUAAAAUUGUAUUCGGUGCAUGUGACAAAUAAAAUUUGUUUUGAUUU